CACUGCAGUCGGCUGAAAAUCUAGGAGAAAGACAGACUUAGUUUGAUACUAGUGAAGUCACUGCUGGUGAGUAAUUACAUUUCUUUGCAAACUUUUCAACAGCUGCAUUACCUAAAAAAAGAUCAAAAAUGAGCAGAAAAUGAGUCAGCAGGACGUCAGACUCGCCAUCUCAGUAAAAAACCGAUGCACCAAAAUCGAAAUCAUAGGUGGGAUGCACGUCUACAAAUUGCCAUUGAAAAGUGCGCCUUCCAUUUCGAGGGUGCCCUCGAUCGUCAGAAGAUUCUCCUUCGAGGAACCGAACCAACGAAUAAGAAGAGCACACAAAACUAUUCUGUUGAUGGGCGCCACAGGAUCGGGAAAGACGACCAUGAUCAACGCCAUGAUCAACUUCAUUUUGGGCGUCGAAUGGGAGGAUGAUUUUCGUUUCAUGCUCGUUGACGAGGAACUCGUAGGAGCAUCGCAAGCCAAUAGCCAAACGCAAGGAGUGACUGCCUAUGAAAUCCAUUACCAAAAUGGAUUUCGCAUUCCUUUUUCGCUGACUAUUGUGGACACGCCGGGAUUCGGAGACACCGGAGGGACUGGGCGAGACAAAGAAAUCACAUCCGCAAUCCAACAAUUAUUUGAGCAUCAAAACGGCAUUCAGGAACUGAAUGCCGUUGGCUUCGUUGUGCAAUCGACACUGGUCCGCCUCACAAAUUCCCAGAAACAAAUUUUCAGUUCGGUACUGUCCAUUUUCGGCAAAGAUGUCGAAAAGAACGUUCGUUUCCUCGUGACAUUUGCUGAUGGAGACCAACACCCUCCCGUCUUGGAGGCCAUUAAGGAGGCCAAACUCCCGUGUCUGGUGGAUCCGACGGGAAUGCCGCGCUUUCAGAGUUUCAACAACGGCGCCGUCUACAAAUCACAAAAGUCGGCGAACGCAAAACGAUUCCAGUUGGAUUGGGAAGACGCACUGCCCAAUUUCGAGUCAUUUUUCGACGACAUAUCAAGAAUGGAAACCACAUCGCUCCAAAUGACUAAAGAAGUCUUGCAAGACAGAAAGGAACUCGAAACCAAGCUCAAAUGGAUGCAGAGUGCCGUAUCCACCCAUCUGUCCAAGAUGGCCGAAUUACGGACGAAAGAAGCCGCUGUCGAGUUGCAUAAAGAACGAAUCAAUGCCAAUCAGGAUUUUGAAAUCAAAAUUCAAGUUUCCAAAAAGGUCAAAGUGCCUCAACAUUUCUUGGGUGCCUUGAACUGCAAGAAAUGUGAAACAACGUGCCACCAUCCAUGCCAUCCGGUCAUGGCGUUCCGCUGGUGCCCGGCAUUCUAUGCAGCAAGCGCACCGCCGCUGUUGAGCACUGUCGCGAUGUUGGUCAACACAGUCACCAAUAACAAUUGCCAAGUCUGCACUGGCAGAUGCCACCCCAAUGAUCACGUACACGAAAAACACAAAUGGGUCUACAAGGAUGUGGAGGAGAAGCAAACCAUAUACAACAUGCGCAAGACUUACGAUGACGCGUUGGGAGAAAAACUAACAGCAGAAAAGCUUGUCAAGGUUAUAAAACAAGAAUUAAAACAGUUAAAGCACACAAUUAUCAAAGCAAUGGAUUGCAUCACAUACUUGCGCAAUCAUUUGGAGGAGAAUGCAUUGAGCGGAAAUCCUCUCUCCACUACCGAAUACAUCCAGGAAUUGAUCGACAACGAGAAGGAUCAACACGAUGAGGGAUACGCGCAAAGGAUCAAGAGUUUGAAGGAACUGUUGGCUUUGGCCCAACUCACCAGAGAUAUCGUCGAUAACGAGGAGAAAUUCGCCAGUCAAUUCAAACUAUUUGAUUAGGACAAAUCGGGCUGCUGGAUUUCAACACUGUUUUACGCAGAGAAUAGAUGCGAGCUUUAAUUUGACAAUAUGUCAUCCAUUCAUUGGUUUCCAAAAUUUUUGACGUUUAUAACUGAGCAACUUCCCUGCUUGAACCAUUUAUCAGCACAACAAAAAAAUUUACAAUAACUAACAACAAACCAUGUUGGAUUUUUCUUUCAUGUUCUGCUAGAAGUGUGUAGACAAAAAUUUGACCGAUUACAAAAAUAAUAAAGAUUUCCUGCAAGGAACGCA